AUGUACAUGUACAGCAAAUUCGAUUCCGCUUACUUCGCAGUUGAAAAGAGCCAGACCCAACGUCCACAAGACAGAUCCUAUGCAUGGGCUGAUAAGGUCUCGAACACCUUCUUUGUGUCAUACAUAAGUGGUGUGUCAAGCGAUGGAAAGACCUCGUACUAUGAGUUCGCAAGUUACAAAGAUCUUCCGGCAUUCCUAACGGCGUACAGCAACAUUGCAGCUAAAGACAGAUGUUUUAACGAAACAAUCAGAGAUGGCCGAGAGUGCGUUGAGUACUACGACAUCGACUGGAAACUCGAUACCUCCUGGGAGGGGAAAAACGUCGCGGAGCUUGAACAGUGUGUGUUCGCCGAGUUCUUGGAAGCACGCAACCAGUUCGCGCCCGAGUAUCCGGUCACAGAGGAGAUGUGCCGUGUUCUAACUUCCUCGUCUGGCUCUAAAGUGUCGCUGCAUAUCCUCAUCCCGAAGUAUGUGUUUGAGAACAAUAACGAGCACAUGAAGGCGUUUAUGGACAACUCCAAAGAAGCCAGAGGCAGCGAUGAAGUUACAAAUCUAACGAAGUACAUUGACCCUGCAGUGUACAUCAAAAACAGAGGAAUUCGCAUCCUUGGAAGCUGCAAACGCAGCAGCCCGGACAGAAUACUCCAGAAAGCAGAGUGGCACUCUGCGUCAAAGAAUACUAAAGACGAAGAGUUCUAUAUCACAAAUGUGUCGGACGAAAGCACGCGGGUUGCUCCAGUGGAGUCCGUCAAGUCCAAGAGAAAGAGGGCUGACAGAUCUGCAUCUUCCGAAGAAAGCGAACAGGUUCAAGUUCGAGAGGACUCGAAGCUGCCGCAGUCUGUUGUUGACUCGGUGCAAGACACGUUCAGGAAGUACAAGCAUGCUGGCUAGUAUAAAAUGCAGUACGAUGGAAGAGGAAUGCGGU